AUGUUUAUACGUUGUCUUUUCGCAGGUCAAAUGGUUCGCCGCGAGGGUCGAUCGCCCUAUAACAAAAUAUAUCAACUGACAGCUGAGAUUCUCGGGCAGAGGGCAUCUCUAUCAGUUACCAGUGUCUGUGGUCAUCUCAUGGAACACGCUUUUGGACCAGAAAUGAAGAACUGGGCGACUGUGCCAAUAGGUACGUUAUUCGAUGCUCCGAUUUAUUCCAUAAUUCCUGAUGGUAUGAAAAAUAUAGCUAGGACGUUAUCGUAA